AUGGCAUCCUCACCACGACACGAAGAGUACCAAUACCUCGAUCUCGUUCAGGAGAUCUUAGAUCACGGAGAGCGUCGACCAGACCGAACCGGUACCGGGACAUACUCCAUCUUCGCCCCUCGAUCGCUCAAGUUCAGUCUCAACGAUAACGGCAAGCCGAUUCUACCAUUAUUAACGACGAAGCGCGUGUUCCUGCGUGCUGUAAUAGCCGAGCUUUUAUGGUUUAUCGAGGGAAAUACAUCAUCGACAUCGCUCAGCGCGCAAGACGUCAAGAUAUGGGAUGGCAACGGAUCACGCGAAUUCCUCGACAACCUAGGACUCAAAGAUCGUGAAGUUGGUGAUCUAGGCCCCGUCUACGGUUUCCAAUGGCGCCACUUCGGCGCUGAAUACGUCGAUGCACGCACAGACUAUACCGGCCAAGGCGUCGAUCAACUAGCUGAUGUUAUCCACAAAUUGCGCAAUAAUCCCUACGACCGCCGCAUGAUUCUCUCCGCUUGGAACCCGGCCGACCUGAAGAAAAUGGUGUUACCUCCGUGCCACAUGUUCGCGCAGUUUUAUGUCUCGUUCCCGAGACAGAAUAGGGACGAGGAGAACAAUGGAGAAGAGAAGCCAAAAGGUCAUCUUCACUGCCAAUUGUACCAGCGGUCCUGCGACAUGGGUCUCGGUGUUCCUUUCAACAUCGCGAGCUACGCGCUGCUGACGCAUAUGUUAGCACAUGUCUGCGAUCUAGUCCCUGGUAGUUUAACACACGUUAUGGGCGACGCACACGUAUACAUCGACCACGUUGACGCCUUGAAAGUACAGCUAGAGCGCGAGCCACGUCCAUUCCCCGAACUACAGAUCAAGCGUGAUAGUGGUGGCUCAAUCGACGGGUGGAAGGUAGAGGAUAUAUCGGUUCUAAAUUACGAACCUCACAAGACGAUCCCGAUGAAGAUGUCUGUUUAG